GGGAGACGGGACUAAUUGAAGAGCUCCCAGCCGCUGAAGCUGUCGCAGCUAACUAGCUUAGAGGCGACUUCUUGGUAGCUCUGAGAAACUCAGCUCUCGCACACAGUGAACCCUUUAAAGGUAGAAUAUGGGGCUUUUCUUUUGACAGCUGCGCCGCUGCCAGACUGACAAACAUCAGUGACCGGGAGGUGAGCUGUCACCAUCCAUUCAGCUGCCUGAUGACUGAUCAGCCCCGCAGCCGUGCAUCCUGACUGGCUCUGCCUCGAUGUGUGAGUCCAAAUGUCCACAAUGACUUGGAGGGGACUUGAAUGGUGGAUCCCCUGCUGACAGCUCAGACCACCAGAUUUCUUCCUUGGCUUUGCUGACCGCUUUGGUCUAACUUUUUUCUCCUUCGCCCCUUUCCUGUUGAAUCUGCCACCAUGGCUAGUCUGGUGCUCAACGAGACUGGAAUGGAGGACUGUGGGAUUGAUGACUCCUUCAAGUACAACCUGUACUCGGUGGUUUACAGUGUGGUCUUUGUCUUAGGACUGAUCACCAACUGUGCUGCCCUCUUCGUAUUCUGCUUCCGGAUGAAGAUGCGCAAUGAGACCACAAUGUUUAUGACCAAUUUAGCGUUAUCAGAUUUAGUCUUUGUUUUUACACUGCCAUUCAAAGUCUUUUACAAUGUUAACCGCCAUUGGCCAUUCGGAGAUGAACUGUGUAAGGUCUCAGGAACAGCCUUCAUCACCAACAUCUAUGGAAGCAUGCUCUUCCUUACGUGCAUCAGUGUAGACCGUUUCCUGGCGAUAGUUUACCCUUUUCGUUCUCGCUCUAUUCGCACACGCAGAAAUGCAGCGCUUGUGUGUGCCGCAGUGUGGCUGACUAUUGUGGGGGGAGGAAUAUCUGUGACUUUCUUCUCCACCAUUAAUAGCACAAACAGAGCCACAACAUGCUUUGAGGGCUUCUCCAAGAGCACCUGGAAGACCUACCUUUCCAAAAUUACCAUCUUCAUUGAGAUUGUGGGCUUCCUCAUCCCACUCCUGGCCAACUUGGUAUGCUCCUCACUUGUUCUACGGACACUACGGCGACCAGUUACCGUUGGCCAUGGCUGUGACAGUAAGAGACGCGUACUUAGGAUGAUAUUGGUCCAUCUGGCCAUCUUCAUCAUCUGCUUCGUUCCUUAUAACUCCAUCCUUUUCCUUUACGCCCUCGUGCGGACCCAGGCCUUGGCUAGCUGUGCUAUUGAGCGCUUUGCUCGGACUCUUUACCCAAUCACUCUGUGCUUGGCCAGCCUAAACUGUUGCCUGGACCCAGUGGUCUACUACUUUACCUCAGAGAGUUUCCAAAAAAGUUUGACCAUGGGAGGGAAAGGGCCUGGCUCUCGUCCUGAGAGUAUCCCCCGCAGUGACACUGAGACCCAGGACACAGUGAACACCUUCCCCAGUGACACGCACACUCUGGCCAGCAAUGGAAAAGACUCAAAGACAGCGGAGAGUCAGCUCUGGUGUGAUGGCUGUCUAAAUAAAACUGAAAUGACUCAUAAUACAUCACAAUGUGGUCACAACAUGACCAGCUGGGAGCAGAGCAUGGAUAAGAUGUACACUUACUUCUACCUGAUUCUCUUCAUCCCUGGACUGCUACUUAACACCACUGCUCUCUGGUUCCUCUGCAAAUAUAUAAGUAAGAAGACCAAGGCUGUGAUCUUCAUGAUAAAUCUGGCCUUAGCAGACCUGGCCAACACUCUCUCCCUUCCUCUCAGGAUUUAUUAUUACUUCACUCACAACUGGCCCUUUGGAAGAAGCAUCUGCUUGUUCUGCUUUUACCUAAAAUACCUCAACAUGUAUGCAGCUAUUGUGUUCCUGGUGUGCAUCAGUGUGCAGAGGUGCGUGUUUCUGCUCAACCCAUUUACCGCUCGCCGCUGGAGGCGACGCUAUGACCUUCUGAUCAGUAUCAUAGUGUGGUUAGUUGUCAGUCUGGCCUGCUCACCUUUCAUUCUGAUGCGGAGCAGUAGCAGCUCACAGACAGUCGAUAUUAAGUCCUUUUCUGUUAGUGUCACACCCAAAUACCCAGUAGCUUACACUAAACUUUACGCCCCACAUUUCAGUACAACCCCUAGCAGAUCCAACCCUACUUCUACCACAGAGGGCUGCUUCAAGGACUUGCCCAUGCGCCGCCUGCCCCAAUCUCUUGCUCUCACCAUGAUGGCUCUCGCUGAGCUCUUUGGUUUCCUGAUCCCAUUGGCCUGCAUCAGUUACUGCUCCUUUCGCAUUGCCAGGUCCCUCAACCAAAGGCAGACCCAGGAUCAGCAGUAUUCAACCAGAGAACAGAGUCGACUGCAGUCGGUCACCUCCAGCGGUCAGACUGAUAAAUAUGAAAAGUUGACAAAUGGUGAGAAGCGGCGAGCUUUACGGAUGGUGCUGAGCUGCUCUGCACUCUUCUUGUUCUGCUUCGCUCCCUACCACAUCAACUUCCUGCUCUACCUGAUGGUUUCACAGGACAUAGUGGUGCACUGUGCCACAAGGCUCGCGGUGCGUCAGUUCCACCCGGUGUCUCUCUGCAUGGCGAGCUUGAGCUGCGUCCUCAACCCCCUGCUUUAUUAUUUCUUAACAGCUGAGUUCAGAUUGCAUCUCACCAGGCGAACCUCCUCCUUCACCUCCUCACUCCUCUCCUCCCCGAUCAGCUCCCCGACCCAGCGCCCCGUCCAACACAGGAUGAUGAGCAAGGAGAGUAGCUGCUCAGACAGGGAGUAGCAGGCAGAUGUAUGAGAUCAUCUUACAGCUUCCUGGAUAAAAACUGACCCAAAGAACUUGCAGACAACCUGGUGAAGCUCAGUUACUUGCUCAAGUUUGUUUUCAUGGUGCAUAUUUCUUAAGAUCCAUGAGUAACACCAUAGUUGCCUAAUAGACAUAGAGAACAGCUAGUUGGUUUUUUCAUCUUUAAAUAAGCUACAUCAGUAUAUGUUACACUGUACAUAAAUGCAUGUUCAUUUGACUGUAAAUAAAAAACCAA